AGUGCAAAUGUUUUGUGUAUAAUUUUGGUUGUAACCUAAACUCACUCCUAUUAUAACUGUUUAGCGGUCAAUUAUACGUCAUGCCUGCCGCAUCGUAUUCUGAUCCAAUGAGCGCCACUAAGGCUAGCGAUUUUUUAAACUUUGACGUACCAUCUUAUAAUAAAGAUCCAUAUAAAUCGCAGUUUGACACUUUAAAUGGUCAAAAAUCGCCACCAUUAGGCCAGUCAAAUGGCAGCACUGGUCGUUUUUUUGGCGACAAAUCCAGUACUUCCACAUUCGCCUCUAGAAGUGAAGAUAAUUUCCUGCUAAAGGGGAUUGAAUUUGUCACCAACGGAGCUUCAAACAUAAGGAGAGGAGUAAUGGAUACUGAGUCGCAAAACGAGAGCCAGCCAGGACUAUUUAUCUCAAGAAUGAGCUCCAUGAUAAGCAUUGGGAAAGCUGCGUUCGGUUUAUCAUCUGACUGGCAAACAGAAUCUUCAUGGAGAACUUAUACAAACUAUAAAGCCUUUUUGGUUCUAUUUGCCACGAGUUUGAUUUUCUUUAUUAUGGCCUUCAUGACACUGCCAUUCAUUAUAUUUGCUCCGCAUAAAUUUGGUUUACUGUUUACUUGUGCCUCAAUCACCUUUUUAAUCUCUAUUGCACUGCUCAAAGGAGCGGGUUCUCUCAUUGACCAUAUGCUUCACUCCAAGAGAAUUGUAUUCACAGCCGCUUUUUUGAUUUCACUUGUUUCUACACUUAUUUUCACAACAAUAUAUCCACUAUAUCUUCUAGCGUUUGUUUCAUCACUGACACAGUUUUUCUCACUCAUGUCUGUUGUUCUGUCAUACAUACCAGGUGGAGCUGGAGCACUCAAAGCUCUCUAUUCUUCUAUAUGGGCAUAUUUUAGAUUAUCUGGCAGAGGCAGUGCCUCUGAUCUACCCUUUUGA